CGGAGCUAACAGCAGCUCGGUGAGCCAGACCUCUGAAACAGCUCCACACAGGCUCGGUUUAUGCCAGGAAACAGCUGUCGUUCGUGGCGACAGGGGCUCGCUGCUCAGGCUGUAAGCCCGUCACCGUUCAACGCCGAAGAGGAUGACGGGCUGUGAGGAAAACCAUGAUAUGUUAGCCAGCUCCAACAAAACAGCGAAGCACCAGAUGAAUGCUGUCUCAGACGUUCAGCGGGACGCCAAAGUGCCAAAAAGUCACGGUCCAGAUCACCCGGCUGGGCUUAGGGUAGAGAAUAGCAGCGUUGGUACACAAAGGGCCCAAGAAUAUGCAAGGACUUUCAACCUCCACUGAGAUCUAUAAAUAUCCCCGACACAGAACUGUUGUCCUUGACAAAGCGGUCUUGGUCACCAUGCUGUCCGCGCUGGAAGUGCCAUCGUAGAGCGAAGACACCGGUGGCUCGGUCGGCUGCACGGUUUUUUUGGAGCUCCAGCCUCGGAGGAAGGAUUGCAGCUUUUUGUCGAACCCUAAACGGCGGAGAUGGGCUCCCAGGCUCUUCAGAUCUUGCGGCAGGGGGUGUGGGCUUCGCUCACUGGAGGCUGGUAUGUGGACCCCCAUCAGAGCACCUUCUCCAACUGCUUCCAUCUGUACCUGUGGAUUUUUCUCCUGGCCUUCCCCUUUCUUUUGUACAUGGCUCUUCCUCCCAGCUUAGUGGUGGCGGGCGUGUACUCCGCCGUGGUGGCCAUCUUUUUUACCGCCAUCAAGGUGGUCAACUACCGCCUUCACGCCAUGUUCGACCUCGGCGAGAUUGUCGAGAAGAAGCAGGCCUCUCUCACAGCCGACGCCCUGAGGACGGAAGAAGGAGACGACGGGUCAGGAGUUCACGACGGGACGCAGCACAGGGACAGUCAUGUUGGCGUGGAGAUGACCGUGUUUCGGAAGGUGAACUCGACUCCUCCGGUCCGCUGCAGCUCCCAGCAUUCUCUGUUUGGCUUGAACCAAGUGUCGGAGUUUUUGCCCCAG